GAAAACAAGACUGAGUUUUGAACACGAGAAAAUAGCCAGAGCUACAAGUAUAAGUAUGCACUCGGAUUUCUUAAGACACCAGUGUUGUUCCUCCUCUUAUCUAUGCUGUGAUGGGGAGUUCAAGAGAAAUAGCCAUUGGACCUGUAGCUGUAGUAUCAUUGCUUCUGUCCUCCCUAGUCCCCAAAGUGGUAGAUCCUGCUGCUGAUCCUGAUGCCUACAGGAGUGUUGUCUUUACGGUGACCUUAUUUGCUGGAAUCUUUCAAGCUGCAUUCGGUAUUUUCAGGUUGGGGUUUCUUGUGGAUUUUCUUUCACAUGCUGCACUUGUUGGAUUCAUGGCAGGCGGCAUCGUUAUUGGUCUGCAGCAGCUGAAGGGGUUGCUGGGGAUUACUCACUUUACCAACAAAACUGAUGUAAUAUCCGUGUUGGAGUCUGUAUACAAGUCACUCCGCCAACAGAUAACAUCAACAGAAAAAUGGUACCCUCUGAAUUUUGUCAUCGGGUGUUCAUUCCUGAUAUUCCUGUUAAUAGCUCGAUUUGUUGGCAGAAGAAACAAAAAACUUUUCUGGUUGCCAGCUAUUGCUCCUCUUGUGUCCGUUUUACUAUCAACUUUAAUUGUUUAUUUGUCAAAAGCUGAUCAGAAUGGGGUUAAUAUAGUAAGGCAUGUCAAAGGAGGCUUGAAUCCAAGUUCAGUUCACAAGUUACAAUUUCAUGGUCCAAAUGUUGGACAAACAGCUAAAAUUGGAUUGAUUUCUGCCGUUAUUGCUCUCACUGAAGCAAUAGCAGUUGGUAGAUCUUUUGCUUCCAUUAAGGGAUACCAUCUUGAUGGCAACAAAGAAAUGUUGGCAAUGGGAUGCAUGAACAUUGCGGGAUCUCUCUCUUCAUGCUAUGUGGCAACUGGUUCUUUCUCAAGGACUGCAGUAAAUUUCAGUGCAGGAUGUCAAACAUCAGUAUCAAAUAUUGUGAUGGCAGUUACUGUGUUUCUGUGUCUUGAAUUGUUUACAAGGCUCCUGUACUACACUCCUAUGGCCAUACUUGCAUCUAUCAUUCUCUCUGCACUUCCUGGAUUAAUUGACAUGAAUGAAGCUUGUUAUAUUUGGAAGGUUGACAAAUUUGACUUUCUUGCUUGCAUUGGUGCCUUCUUCGGAGUCUUGUUUGUAUCAGUGGAAACUGGUCUUGUUGUUGCAGUCUCAAUCUCCUUUGCAAAGAUACUGAUACAAUCAAUCAGACCAGGGAUAGAAGUUUUAGGCCGAGUUCCAAGAACAGAAGCUUUCUGUGAUGUUAGUCAAUAUCCUAUGGCCACAAGCACUCCAGGCAUUUUGGUGAUUCGCAUAAGUUCUGGUUCACUCUGCUUUGCAAAUGCUAAUUUUAUUAGAGAAAGAAUACUGAAGUGGGUAAUGGAAGAAGAAAACGAACUUGCCAAGGGAAGGGUCAAUGCAGUGAUCUUAGACAUGGGCAAUCUCAUGAAUAUUGAUACUUCUGGGAUUCUAGUACUGGAGGAACUGCAUAAGAGGUUGUUUUCGCGUGGCGUACAGUUGGCCAUGGUGAACCCCAGGUGGCUAGUGAUUUACAAGCUCAAAGUGGCAAACUUUGUGGAUAAAAUUGGAAAGAAAUGGGUUUUUCUUACUGUUGCUGAAGCUGUAGAUGCAUGUCUAUCUUCAAAAUUUCCUGAACCAUGAUUUCAUUGGCCUUAUCUGUAAUGAUAGAUGUUUGACGUUGUUCGCUCCCACUGUUAGUGGAACUGUGUCCUGUACGAAAAAAAGUCAUGUAUGGGAGGGUAUUGUUUCACAGAAGGACACCUUGCACGGACAAUUUUGGUAGAAGCAAUGUCAAACAAUCAACUACAAAUAAAAUAAGCAUUUGAUUGCUCAAAAAAAUACUAGAAAAGAA